GGCGAUCUUGCAUAUCAGCAACUCGCUGGCAACUCGCUUUUCACAGCGACAGUUUGUUGCUCCGUGAGAUUGCAGAGUUCUUCAACGUUAACAGUAAUGUGGUUUUAAGUUGUGCAGCGAUUAAUGGGUCUUUGCACUGUGAACUGAAGCAUGCUGUUAGGCAAACUGCAACUCCCCCAAACACUUCUCACCUGUUGCUACGAAACAGACCGUCGCCACCAGCAAGGAAACCAAAUAUUCACUACAGAAAAGAAGCGGCAGAUGCACCCGUCGACAGAUUUGUUGCCAUGUCGAAGACACAACCUUCUCAGAAGAAGAAAGUGGCUGUGUUGCCAGGGGGCAAGACCCCAGCGAGAAAAAAUCUAGCUGCCAUUAAAGUCCACGGGCUCCUGCGGGCUUAUGAGAGCCACUGCAUGAAGAUGGGCAGUUGCGUCAGCACGGUUCUGAGGGAAGACUUUUCACGGUGCAUUGACAUUCAAAAACCCUUGACUAAGAUCACCCUGUUUUUCCCAGAAUGCAGCACUGCAGAGCGGGCGUCAGUGAGUGUGUGUCCCUUGCUGUGUGCGGUGCGGGAUGAGCGCUACACCCAUGUGAAGGAGCUGCGUCUCUGGGACCUGCCCAUUAAACAUGAGGACAUGGCUGACCUUUGUCUGCUGCUGGAGCAUAAGGGCAGGACAGUGUAUCCGCUGACCACACUGGAGCUGCUAGACUGCAGGCUUGACCACUGGGCUCUGACGAGACUGGGCCGGGCCGUAGCCCUCAGCUCCAUCACCACCCUCAGUCUGGACUACACACCUAUCGAACUGGAGGGUUUGAAAGGCUUACUCAGUGGCCUGGAGUGGAGCAGCCAUGUCCUUUCCUUGAGUUUGUGCUAUUGCGGACUAGGACCGUGGAGUGGAUCUCCCCUCGCCUCCCUCGUCUCCAGGAGCGCCGUCCGGCACCUCUACAUCAAUGGCAAUGGCCUGCAGAGAGGGGGCGCCACUGAGCUACUGCAGCCUUUGGCAGAACAUUCAGAGCAAACUGCCAUGACUCAGCAGACUACACAUCCCACAGAUACGGCUAAUGAAAACUCCCAUCAAGGUUUAUCUCAGGACAGCAGAGAGAAGAGGGUGAAGGGUAAAGGGCAGAAAAAGCGAAGGCAGAGGGUGAAAAGAAAGAGUGCAGGUGCCGUGGCGACUGGGCCUUGGCUGGAGAAGCUGCACAUGCUGGAUAAUGCCAUAGAUGAGGCAGGGCCAGGGGCCACUGCUGCAGGGGUGGACCUCAUCAACAUCAUUUGUGUUCUGGUCAAGCACUCAUCUCACCUCCUGGAGCUGGACCUGGGUGAGAACCAUGUCGGAGAGGCAGGUGGAAAACUACUACUGGAGGCCCUCAUUGAACGGCGCAAAGCCAAGCACCCCCCUGUUAAAAUCCGAGUCUCUACAAGGAUGAGCCCCUCUACCUUCUCAGCCAUUUUGAAGAGCUCCAAGGAGUUGAAGUCAGUGAAGAGAAAGCGACCAUCCAGAAGAAAGACAAAGAAGAACUGAGUCAGUCCAGUUGCAGUGGGGGUCCAGGUUGGCGUUAAAGACAGAGGAACCGGAAUCAGGACAUACAUCAAGGCGUGAGGAUGUUCUGUGAAGGUUCCUGAACCCUGUCAGGUGCAUCUGGAACUCUUCCUCCGCCAGCCACUGCGCUCUGGCACACAACAUCACUCUGACCCCGUGACCUCUGACCUGGCUCCCGAUGAUAGGGUGGGAUAACACCUCGUUCUGUCGGCAUCGUUUAAAAAUGUAGCGUAGUGUUCUCUAGAAUUUGGGGCCUAAAAAAACCAAGUGUUUCCAAUUGGGGAUAUUGGAAUGUGAAAUCCUUUGAGAAUGUUUGAUGGACAGAUAGAAAAGUCCUUUCUUUUGCCAUUUUCUGACAAUUCAGCCAAUUUUAACAUGUUCUGCCACAUUCUCUGUCACUCUCUGCUUCUGUGUGUCUGUGAGGGUGUGAGAGAACUAAUUCCCCUUUUUCGGCACACUCCUCGAAUAGUCCUUUGAUCUCUCUCUUUCAAUUCAAAGUUGCUUCAUUAGGAUGACUGUGUGAGUACAGUGUCACCAAAGCCAGGGUUGACAAUAACACAGUAAAAUAAUAAGACCAAGAUUUAAAAAGGAGGGGUGGUGGGGUGGAUAAAAAAAAAGAAUAUAGCGGUGUGGGGGUGGACUCUCUCUCUUUCUGUGUGCGUGUGUGUGUGUUUGAGUUUGAUGGUGACUGGGUCAGAUACAGCAGACCUCUGCAGGACUUUUGCUCUUGGUCUCUUCCACUAUUUAUGCUAUAGGUUCAGCACCUGGUAUGUUUCACCUCUUCUGUUUGAUUUAGGAAGAGAGUUCCUGGGAAAUAGCAAACCUGUUGCCCCAUGCGGUCUGAUGCACUUAACUUUUUUUUAGCGUUUGAGGUCUUUUGUUUUUGUGAUGCACUGUUUAUGGAAUGAACUGUUUUCCCCUGAA